GGAUAGCCAUCACCACUGACCGUGAAACGCACACAGUAACGAAGCCGAUGGCAUCGCCGCCGGGGAGCAGCGGCCGGCGCUCCACGACCCCGGGGUUCCCGGCGGGGCUGCCCGGCGGGCGGGCGGUGCCGGCGGUGGGGCUCGGCACGUCGUCCGUCCGGUCCGUUGGGGAGGACGGCUUCAGGGGCACCCUCAUGACCGCACUGGAGCUCGGCUACCGCCACAUCGACGCCGCAUCGGUCUACGGCUCCGAGCGGGUCGUCGGCGAGGCCGUCGCCGGGGCGGCUCGGCGCGGGGUCAUCGCGUCCCGCGAGGAGGUGUUCGUGACCACCAAGGUGUGGUGCACACACAGCCACCCGGACCUCGUGCUCCCCUCCCUCAGAGAGAGCUUGCAGAACCUUCAAAUGGAAUAUGUUGAUUUGUAUUUGGUCCACUGGCCAAUGAGCGUAAAGCCCACUAAGCCCCACUACCCAAUGAGAAGGGAAGAUAUUGUGCCGAUGAAUUUGAGAGGUGUAUGGCAAGCAAUGGAGGAAUGCCAUCGGCUUGGCCUUUCAAAAAUGAUUGGUGUUAGCAAUUUCACAACAAAGAAAUUGCAAGAACUGCUCACCAUUGCAAAGAUCCCCCCAGCAGUGAAUCAGGUUGAGUUAAAUCCAGUUUGGCAGCAGAAGAAACUGAUGGAGUUCUGCAAAGAGAAAGGCAUUCAUGUGACUGCUUAUCAGCCCCUUGGAGGCCAACAUAGGACAUCCACAAUCAAUCCAGUUAUGCACUCUGAUGUUCUGAAAGAGAUUGCCGAGGCCAAGGAGAAGUCAGUGGCUCAGAUCUCACUUAGGUGGGUCUACGAGCAAGGAGCAAGCAUGGUGACCACGAGUACGAAACCGGAGAGGCUUAAGGAGAACACUGAAAUCUUUGAUUGGCAAUUGACCGAGGAAGACCGGCUCAAGAUAAGUGAGAUUCCACAGCACAAGAGGGUCAGCGUGCUGUCGAUCCUCUGCCCCGACGGUGUCUCCGGCGUCGUCGACUUGUCGGAGGUUGAUGUGGUUGAAGUGUAG